AUGCUGAACCGCUUGUCGAUUAAUCUAGUUCUGGCACUAGUUGUGGCCCACGAGGCGUCUGCUUCACGGAAGCAACUAACUUUGACCACAGAGGAGCUGGGUGGCGACUCUACCGAAAUUUCAGCGAAUAAACCACUGAUUGUUCAUUUGGACAAGAACUCGAUGUCGCCUGAGAUGGUGGAAACUUUGGCUCGCGCCUCGAAUAUCGAUCUUGCUGACCUACCGGACUAUCCUGAGUUUGUUACCUCAGGGGAAUUUGAAAGCAUGAAAUAUUCGGCAGACGAUAUUUUGGAAUACUUGGUGAGAGACCACAGCCUAGACUUGGACAAAAUCAAGCAAGACGAGAGAUACAACCAGAUCGAAGAAAUUCUGAAGGAAAUUGCUGACGAGUACACGGAGAAUGAUGAAAGGAAGCGAUGCAGCAAGAAUCGCGGGUCAUGGGGACACUAUCCCUGCGGCAAACCUAGGGAACGCUGUUGCGACGAAGACGAGGAUUACGAUGAUGGCUUCUGGAACAUUGAUGAUAAAGAGUCCAAAUAUGAAGAUGCGGACGAGGGCAAGACAAAAUGGUCUGAUGAUGAUGACGACGAUGAUAAGGAUGAGGCUGAUACUCGAAACCGCAAGAAUGAUGAAAGAGAUGAUAAACUGGGCAGAAAGCAAGAUGAGAAAUCAGAGGAAAAACUGGAUGAUAAGUUAGAUAAGAAGCUGGAUGACAAACUAGAUGAGAAGUCAGAGGAGAAACUGGAUGAUAACUCUGAUAAGAAGCUUGGUGACAAACUAGAUGAGAAGUCAGACGAGAAACUGGAUGAUAACUCUGAUAAGAAGCUUGGUGACAAACUAGACGAGAAAUCAGAGAAGAAAUUGGAUGAUAAGUCAGAUAAGAAGCUGGGUGACAAACUAGAUGAGAAGUCAGAGGAGAAACUGGAUGACAAACUUGAGGACAAGUUCGAUGAAAAACUAGAUGAGAAACUGGACGACAGGUUAGAUGAGAAAGUAGAUGACAAAAAAGAUGGCAGGUUCGACGAAAAGCUUGAUGACACGAAGGAUGACGACAAUGCAUCUAAAGACAGCUCAGAUGAAAAGGAAGAUGAGAAGAAAUUCUUCUGGCAGGAUGGCGGGAAUGAAAACCCAGAUGACUACGAGAAGGAAGAGAGCAUCCCUACUAUCCAGGAGCCCACAUAUGAGGAAACUUUUCUAGGAGCAGAUGCCAGCGUCAGUAAAACUCAAGAAAUCCUGGCUCCAACUGAGUCGAUAACAUAUAAUUCAAGUAACUUCUCGACAUACCUCACCACUUCAUCGAGGGUUUACGACAUUACAAUGAUUUACACUGCCGAAUUCAGCUCCACAUUCUCUUCGCAGAUCGGAGCAACCACCAGCACUGGCUCGUACUAUACCACGAGCCUCUAUUCAAGCUCCUCAAUGGGAAGUGAAACUGAGCAUAAGAUUAAUAAAAGCAGCACUACUUCCGCAUACAGUUCCUCAAAGAGUUCUUCCAAAUCUGCCUACGGGUAUCAGAAAACAACAACUACCACAAGCUCUACGCAUGAGCAGAACACUAGUGGGGUCGAAGCAAACUUUAACUGGAAGGCAUUAUCCAACGUAUCGAACGUUACGAUGCAGAGAGGAUUGGACAACUCGUCUAAUUACUUGAUGCCAACCACAUUCCUCUUUGCCUCUUUGCUCGCCAUCCUGGCGGUAAUGCAGGCAUAG